CUGUUGUCAGUAUCUCCUCUUUCACUCUCAUAUUUCGUAUUUAUUUAUAUACUAUUUAUUUAUUUUUCUCACAGGUUGUGAAAUUAAAUCGUAUGUGUUAAAUUGCAUUAGAAAUAGUGAUUGUUUGAAGGAAAAGGGCCAAAAAUACCCUUGACCUAUUUUACCCUUCGUUACGUUUUUGGCUAAGACAUGCUCUCGCCAUUACGUUUUUAGCUCAAAAAUGCCCCCAAACUAGCCGAAUAGCUGAAAAAUACCCUUCUGCCAAUUGUUGCUGCAAAUCAGGGAAAACGGAUAGUUAGAGGGUAUGUUUUAGCCAAACGUAACCGAGAGUAAAAUUGACUUAUUUCUAAUAAUUCGCGGGUAUAUUUGACCCUUUUCGACUGAAGGAUCUAUCAUUUCCUAAGGUUUGUUUUAACUCCAGAACACAAGAGAGAGUUGCUGCAUUUUUAGCUGUUUCAAAUAGUGUUUAAGCUGCUAGGGUGCUACGUCACCUGAACUUGGAGCGUAAAGAUGAAUCAUGGUGAGAAUAUGGAGUCCAAUAUUGAUUAUCACAUACAAGAUGAGGCAGAGAGGCUGCUUAAAGAGAUUGAACUGAUGGUGAAGAAUGUUGAGAACUCUGAACUGUAUGCUGGAAUGCGCUUCGAUCUCGAACGGAAUGAAGCUUUUCAACAACAUUUAUUUCGCCUUCUAGGCUCCUAUUCACAUGUUCAGGUUGUAAUAUAUGCUUUGGGAAGCAUGGAAUACAGUUUACGUUCCUAGUUUCAGCUUGCCAUAGUUCUCCUACUAAAACGAGAUUUUUCCAAUUGGAUUGGCCAUAUACAAGUAUAUGAUCCUGGAAUGUCUCCGGCUGAUAUCAUAGUUUUCAAGGAGCUGGGUUUUGAGGUUCUGACCAUUGAUGAAAAUUGUAAGAGGCAAGUUCGGAGACCAACAAUGUUCUACAUGCCUCAUCCUAAUUAUUAUCAUAUUGGCAACUUGCUGGGAGCAAACUGGUCUUCUGCCUGCAUUAACCAGAUAUUUCUACUGACAAACUCAUUUCGCCAUUCAUUGACCCGUAUUCGACCAUUUACUUUCAAUCCAGAAAGAUCUAAUUUGAAUGGAGAAGUAGUGCAACGCCUAGAGAGAAUCCUCGACUUCACAACAGAGAUUGACAUAAAGGCUAGCUAUAAUCAGAUAUUUACUCAUUUGUUCUCAGAAUUUGCUUGGCAUUUCUUUGACGUGGAUCCCAACAUUGACAUGGAAACUUCACUGCCUGUGACGGAAAUUUCAAAUUUUAAAAGAAAUGACAAAUUGGAACGUUUUUGGUUGGAUAUGCAAAGGUAUCUCGAUGAAGAAUUUUUGGAAGAUAUGCAAAGCGAUAUGACUAAUGAGGAAUUUGCAGCAAUAUUUGGUGAAUAUCAUGGGCCUCGUCGUUUAAGAUGCAACUCGGUUCCUCCUCCUCCUGGUUGGAUUAAGCUAAAUAUUUAUGGGAUCGGUACAGAAGGUGAUCAGCCAGGACGAUUUAGUGGCGUCUUUCAAGAUGAAACUGGAAUGUGUUUAGGUAGGUAUAAUGGUACCAUUCAUGUUGAAGACAAUGUGAUUGCUGGACUGGAGGCCUUGAGGAAUGGGUUAGUCCGAUGCAUGGAAGGAAAGCCGAAUGCACAAAAGUUGAUUGUGGAAUCUGAUGAUGUUAUCCUUGUCCAAUAUGUUCAUGGUCGCCCUGAGCCAAAUGAAAUAACCAUGUCCAGGUUGAAAGAAAUUUUUGACUUGGUGGAGCGUAUUACUUGUGCAGUUUACCAUGUGUAUGAAGAAGCCAAUGAAGCUGCUAGACACUUGGCUCUGAGAGAUGAAUGUCACAAAUGUACAUAGAUAGCUUUGUUUUCGGCUCACGGGGUAGAGUUGAAGCUUUUUAGGUUCAGCUAAAUUUCACAUGCAAUAUGCAUUCUAUGGCAAGUGAUGUUGUAGCAGACUAAUGCAGACAUUGAUUACAGAGCAGACGCUUCCAUGCCUUUCCGACUUCUUAUUACAAGGAUUUUUUGUUUGUCAAGUGAUGAUGAAUGCAGCAUUUGAAAAAGCAAAACAGAGAAAAACAAAUGCAUUCCGAAGGCAAAGGCAAGCCUUUUAGUAAUAUGUUAUCUAAUUUGUGCAAACUGAAGCAAUUUUCUUGAUCUGUGUGAAUGUUCAAUGAAUAUACUUAGUCA